AAAGAUCAUUUGUCGAAGGGACAAGGCAUAUUGCACCCCGUGGGGCUCACUCUAUUUUGCCGAUCCCGACGCGGCCCCAGCGGGGACUCCAAUCUAGCAAAAAGUGCAUUGAUGGAGGAACAACAUGACAGAUGGUGGAAAGACAGAGGAAAAAGAAGGCACAUCAUUCAAACAUCCUUUCUUUGCCAAGUCCAGCGCAGAAAGCGGGCCGUUGCGAGUACGAUUCGGAACUGUCCAUGUCGGAAUGACUGACUCAACGGCCCGGUCAUGUUUAUUGCGGGACAAAGAGUCAAUUGUUUUCGGACAGAGAUGUAUAUAAGACAAAUCAGCGGCGAACAAACAUGGAAUUCUUUUCAAACCUCAAACAGUCACUAACCAACGAUGACUUCCGAAAUCAAGCAUCUCGACUCAUCUAUGGAGGACGAGAAGGUGCUCACAGAGCACGUCGAAGUCGCUCACACCGUCACUCGCGAUGACAUGGAGAAGGGUCGUAAGAAGCGUACCAUUAACACGCAGCUCGAUGAUGCCGCAAAGCUUUUGGAAGAAGCCGGUGGUCACGUCGAGUACACACACGCCGACAACAAGAGGAUUCUGCGACUAAUUGAUUUCUACGUCUGUCUGCCCAUGUGUCUCGUUUAUUUUAUUCAACAGCUCGAUAAGGCAAGUGUCAGUUACGCUGCAGUCUUCGACCUGCAAACAGAGGCCAACUUGGUUGGCACUCAGUACAGUUGGCUCUCCAGUGUCGUCUACUGCGCGCAACUUGUCUGCCAGCCUUUGUCUUCCUAUGCUCUUAUUGUCUUCCCUGUUAAGUACUGGGUGAUGUUCAACAUGACUGCCUGGAGUAUCGUUACCAUGGCUACAGCUGCCGGAAAGAACUUUACUGGCCUUCUUUUGGCUCGUAUGUUUUUGGGUGUCUUUGAGGCCACCAUCUUGCCCUCUUUCAUUCUCAUCACCCAAAUGUGGUGGGUUCGACGAGAGCAAUCUUAUCGAACCAUUGCCUACCAAAUCGCCAACUCUUUUGCUGCGAUCUUCGGUCCUUUGCUCUCUUAUGCUAUCGGCAAAGCUUGCGAUAACUCAGACAAGAUAAAGUCUUACCAGGGUAUCUUCCUCUUCAUGGGUGGCUUCAGCUUGGUUCUUGUGCCUGUUGUCUGGAUAUUGCUUCCCAACUCUCCUACUACUGCUCGAUUUUUGAAGAAGGGUAACGACCGACUCAUCGCCAUUGACCGACUUGCUGAGAACAACACUGGUACCAAGGCUUCCAAAUUCAAAUGGGACCAAUUCUGGGAGACUUACAAGGACCCCAAGACAUACAUGUGGGCGGCAAUGUGGUUCUGCUGCGCUUGCCCUUCCGGUGGUAUCGGAGCUUUCGGCGGUCUUAUCACCAAGGGUUUCGGCUUCGACACAUUCACGACUAUCUUGCUCCAAAUGCCUCCGGGUGGUAUCGGUAUCAUUACUCUUUUGGUUUCCAUCUACGUGACAAACAAAAUCAAGCUCCGUUGGCCCGUCAUUGCUGUUGUCUGCCUCUUCCCGAUUGCUGGUGCCAGUGCAUUGACCCAAGUUCCCAGCACCAAGACUGGUGGACUCAUGGCCAGUUACUAUGUCGCUUACCUCUUUUCUGCCCUUCAGCCUUUGUUGAUCAGCUGGUGUAACUUGAACUCUGCUGGUACCACCAAGCGAGUCCUCACUACCGCUACUAUGUUUGGCGCUCUCACUGUCGGCAACAUUGUCGGCCCUCAAGUCUACCUUUCACGAGAGGCACCUCAUUACCAUACUGGUCUCUACGUCGACAUUGCCUGCUGGUGUAUCCUCCUCAUCCUCGUCAUCUUAAUGGGCGUGUACCUCAGGCUCCUCAACAGGCGCCAGGAAGCUCGCCGACUUGCCUUGGGUCUUCCUGCGAACCUCAAAGACAUGUCUAUCAUGUCCAUGGAAGAGGCCGAGGCUUACAAGGCCGAGCUUGCUCAGAUUAUGAGAGCGCAGGGGAAGGAUAUGGACAGUUUGAACGUCAACUCUUUCGAUGAUAUGACGGACUUUGAGAACCCCAUGUUCAUGUAUGUUUUAUAAGAAAUCUUGGAUUGUAAAAGAGCUUGCGGGUCAGCAGCCUAUGGAGAGUUUUCAUUUUGUCAUUGCUAGUAGGGUUUAUUGUAAUAGUUUUUGUAGGGUCUUAAUUCCCAAAGAACAAGAAGUCAUAAAUUUCCAUGCAUGUCUCCUUCGGUCAGGCGAUCAAUCGGCAUGAGCAACAGAAUUGAUAAUAAUGCGACGGAUGGGACUUUGAUCACCAAAGACUUCGGCUCGACAUUGGCUUAACACGAAUCAUUAUUAUAGCAAAGACGUUCAUUGUGGC